AUGGAACAGCCACCUGGGCCGGCCUCAGAGGGACACAAGGACACGGUGUCCCUGCCCAUCCUGAUGCUGCUGGGCUGGGUUUUGGUGCCUCAGCCUGGAGAGCAGGAGGCUGAAGAGAGACCACCUGGCUUCCCGCCAUCCCUGGCAGGAGAGCGUUUCAGGAAGCUCCUGGCUGCCUUUGGCACCCUGACUGAUUGUUCCCUGAAGUUCACCAAGGAAGGGAAGUUCAGGAAAUUUGGCUUCAUUGGUUACAAGUCUGAAGAGGAAGCUCAAGCAGCCCUGAACCAUUUCAACAGGAGCUUCAUAGACACCUCCAGAGUCAUAGUGGAGUUAUGCAAGUCUUUUGGUGACCCUUCCAAACCCAAAGCCUGGAGUAAACACUCUCAGAAGGCCUCAGAAAAACAGCCUGAGAAACCUGUGACCAGCACAGCUCCUGCAGGCACAAAGAAAAAUAAAAAGAAGAAAGAUCCAACAGAAAACUUGAAGGAGCUGGAAGAAGAUGAAACAUUCCAGGAGUUCUUGGUGGUUCACCAGAAACGGUCCCAAGUGGCCACUUGGGCUAAUGACACUUUGACAGAGGAGCCCAAGAAGGGCAAAUCCAAGGCAGCAGAUGAUUAUCUCAACUUUGAUUCAGAUGAGUCUGAGGAGCUGAGUGAGGAGGAGGAGGAUGGAAAUGAGCCUUCUGAGGAUGAGGAGAAAGCUCAAGGCAAGAAAGGAGGGAAGAAGGCAGCUACCAGCAAAGACCUCUCAGAUAUGGAUUACCUGAAAUCUAAAGUGGUGAAGGAUUCUUCCUCCUCAUCCAGCACAGAGGAAGAAUCAGAUAGUGAGGGGGUGGAAGAGGAAAGUGAGAGUGAGGAGGAUUCAGGCAUUACAGAAACUAUGGAUAAAAAGGGGAAGCCAAAAGCCCAGCAGAAACAGCAGGAGACAGCAGGGGAGAAGAAGAAAAAAGGAUCCCCACCAAAGAACCAAGGCAGCUCAGCAGAAGCCAGCACACCAUACACAGUGAAGCUUCGUGGUGCCCCCUUGAACAUAACAGAGCAAAGGAUUCGGGAAUUCUUCCUGCCCCUGAAGCCAGUGGCCAUCAGGAUAGGAAAAAGCACCCAGGGAAAGAAAGCAGGUUGUGUCUUUGUUGACUUGAAGAGUGAAGCAGAAAUGCAGAGGGCCUUGAAAAGAAAAAAAGAGUACUUAGGUGGGAGAUGCAUUGAGGUGCUGCCAUGUAGGAAUGGCCCAAAAGAAGCUGCUGCACCAAAACCUGCUCCCCAGCCAUGGCAGAGAAGGAAGAGGGAUGAUGAGGAAGAAGAGGAUCUGUCUGAAUCGGGGAGACUCUUUGUGAGGAAUCUUCCCUUUACCAGUACUGAGGAAGACUUGGAGAAGAUCUUUUCCAAGUAUGGACCCCUCUCUGAGAUCCAUUUCCCUGUGGACAGACUGACCAAGAAACCCAAAGGAUUUGCUUUCAUCACCUACAUGAUCCCUGAGCAUGCUGUGAAGGCCUAUGCAGAAAUGGAUGGGCAGGUGUUCCAGGGCAGAAUGAUGCAUCUCUUACCAUCUACAAUCAAAAAGGAGAAGGUGGAAGAUGCAGAUGGAGAAGAGUCUUCCUCCUAUAAGAAGCAGAAAGAGGCCAAGGACAAGGCCAACAGUGGCAGCUCCCACAACUGGAACACCUUGUUUGUGGGGACCAACGCCGUGGCUGAUGCCAUUGCUCAGAAGUACAAUGCUUCCAAAAGCCAAGUGCUGGAUCAUGAGGGUAAGGACAGUGUGGCAGUGAGGGUUGCCCUGGGAGAGACCGAGUUGGUCCAGGAGAUCCGCCGGUUCCUCGUGGAGAACGGAGUCAGCCUGGAUUCCUUCAGCCAGGCUGCUGGUGAGCGGAGCAAGACAGUGAUCCUGGUGAAGAACCUCCCUGCCAGCACGAGUGUGGAGGAGCUGGAGGACAUCUUUGGGAAGCAUGGCAGUCUGGGCCGGGUGCUGCUGCCCCAAGGAGGCAUCACAGCCAUCGUGGAGUUCCUGGAGCCAACAGAGGCCAAGCAGGCCUUCACCAGGCUGGCCUACUCCAAGUUUCAUUCAGUGCCUUUGUACCUGGAAUGGGCUCCAAUGGGUGUCUUCUUGAGCCCAGCCCCUCAGAAAAAAUCCUCUGAGGAUUCAGAAAAGGAAGACAGAGCAAGACCAGUACCUGGUGGUGACACUGACACAGCUAUGAAGGACUCAGAGGAAACAGCAGCACAGGAAGAAGAGGAGGAAGAAGAAGAAGAGGAGGAAGAAGAAAGCAUUCCUGGCUGUACCUUAUUCAUCAAAAACCUGAACUUUGCCACCACAGAAGACACACUGAGGGAGACGUUCUCCAAAGUGGGAGCUGUGAAGAGCUGCACAAUAUCCAAGAAGAAAGACAAAGCAGGCAACUUGCUCUCCAUGGGCUUUGGGUUUGUGGAGUACAAGAAGCCAGAGGCUGCCCAGAAAGCCCUGCGCCGGCUCCAGGGCUGCUCUGUGGAUGGCCAUAAGCUAGAAGUGAAGAUCUCAGAGAGAGCUGUCAGGCCUGCUGUGAAAUCAUCCCGAAAGAAACAAACUGUCAAGAAGCAGAAGACUUCCAAGAUCUUGGUCAGAAACAUCCCAUUCCAGGCCACCCUCAGGGAAAUCAGGGAACUCUUCAGCACCUUUGGGGAGCUGAAGACCGUCCGGCUGCCCAAGAAGAUGGCAGGAACAGGAUCCCACCGUGGCUUUGGCUUUGUGGAUUUCCUCACCAAGCAGGAUGCCAAGAAAGCCUUCAAUGCCCUGUGCCACAGCACACAUUUGUACGGCCGGAGGCUGGUCCUGGAGUGGGCAGACACAGAGGAGACACUGGAGGCCCUGAGAAGGAAAACAGCAGAUCAUUUCCACGACACCCCAAAGAAGAGAAAACGAUCAGAGGUUUUGAAUGAAAUCCUAGAGCAUCUGGAAGAGGAGGAAAACAACAAGGAGGAGGCCAUCUAG